GGAACAGGCUGUGCUGUAUAAUUGUUCCGCAAUUUUCACCGAGGCAAAGCAAUAGACAGAAAAAAACGGGAAAAAUUUGUCGUGUUACAUGUAACUUGGGCUUUUGGUACAAGCGAGUUUACACACUUCCCGUUCACCACAUGUUGAUUGAUCGCGUAUUAUUCUGUACACGACCAUUGGAAUAUAAUAGUUGUGGGUGUUGUACGGACAACAUUGACGCGUGUUACACGCGAUUCAGUUAAAACGAGUUAUUGUUGAUUCGAAGGAGUAAUAAAAUUUUAUAAUUAAGCUGAACCGUUGAUACGGCAUCCGUCAACGACAACGUCGAGCACCAGUAAAAGGUAGAUUAACGACAAUUCACGCUACAUCGAGAGACGUCGGUGUUAUUUCGUCUGGUCUAGUACAAAAGAAAGGGUGGCAGUAACAUUGGCGUUUGUUGAGAAAAAUAGAGGCACAUUGACGGUGGACCUCACGCAUAUAUCGAAGGACAUUAGGGCUCUCAUCAACAAGUGCUGAGAAUCAUUGUUCAUUUUUUUUUUAUUCUUGUUGUGAUCAACUGGAAAAGACAAUUUUUAAUAUACGGGUGUACGGUAACAUUGUCAAAAUUCCGGUCCCCACUAAGAAACGAGAAGGCGCUCAGCGUACUGGCGAUAAGUAUUCGCGAUACAGUAGCGAAGAUACUUCGUCUGGUAACAGAAUGAAUAACAAGAGGAAGAAUCGUGCCAAUCCAACAAGGUCCCCGCGGGCCCGGGGUCCCCAGGAGAGGACUCCAGUGGCAGCAGAGGGUGUGUACAACAACGCACAUUUUAUGCACGCAGUGACGAGCCACGUUGGUAAUACAGUGCAGAUUCAGACUCAGAAUGGAUCCCUCUAUGAGGGUAUAUUUCGUACAUUCUCAAGUCAAUUCGAGGUUGUUCUUGAGAUGGCACAUCGUGUGGAUAGUACAGGAAAAAUAAGUGUUGACACUGUUGUCGAGAAGCUGAUAUUUAAACCACAAGAUAUUAUAACAAUGUCAGCUAAAGACGUUGAUCUUGAUUAUGCUAUAAGAGAUACGUUCCAGACUGACACAGCAAUUAGCAAAUUUAAUGGUACGAUAGGUGAGAAGGAAUUAGAGCCAUGGGACGCACCAAUGUCAAUGAAUGGGGAUGAAUACGAUCUAGACAGUACAGCAAAUGGUUGGGAUGCUCAUGAGAUGUUCAGAAAGAAUGAACAAAUAUACGGUGUACAGUCGACAUUUGAGCCAUCAUUGUCUGGUUAUACACUACAACUUCAGCGCAAAGAGACUAAGGAAUUUAAGGAGCAGGAGCAGAAGGCUGCAGAAAUAGCUAAUGAAAUUGAAGCACAGCCGACACACAAAGCACGCCUAGAUUUGGAAAAUGGUGAUGAAGAGGAGCGUUUUGCUUCUGUAACAAGGCCUGCCAAUGAUGGUAAAUAUGUUCCACCACAGAAACGAAAUAGUGUCAACAGUGGAAAAUAUCAGAAGACAAAUCCACCAACUCCAUCAGCCAGUCCAGGAGCUGCUAAGUUUAAUCAACCAUCACCAUCGUCAAAUAUUAAUUCAUCGCAGACGAGUAGUUUACCUGUCGUUGGCACUGGUCAUCCACCAGUUCAGGCACAACAGCAGCAACAGGGACAGGGCCAACAUCCAGGCACUCAUAAUAUAGGAAUUCCACCAAGUGGUGUUGUUGUACAGUACAAUACACCACCACCAUUUGUUCCACCCCCUACAACUCAACCACCACCAUCGAUACCAGUCAUUUCUCCUCAGCAGGGACACAUUGGUUUUACCCCACAGCAACAACAACCUCAGCCCUCACAACCAUCUCAGUCCCAGCAACCACCACCAAGCAAACUCAGUGUUGAUAAACGUGAACGUCCAGGACGACAACAGCUCUACCAAGUCGAUAAAGCACCACCCGCUCCAUUUCCACAGUCUAAUGCUGUGCCCAGUUCACAUCAACAAGGCCCACCACCUCAUCCACCUCAUACAUCGCAUGCCUCUCAUGGGUCUCAUAUGCCUCACACUCCCCUUCAGCAGCAAAAUUCGUUGGACAAUCAGAGGGGCGAAUUACUGACUCCAAAACCUGAUCACAGAAAAAUAUCAACACCUCGAGGACGUGAUGAAUCUCAUGAGUUACGACAAUUUUCAUCGGACUUCAAACUCGCUGAUACCAACUCACAGGACACUCCCCUCAUGUCCAGAAAACAACAGAUUCAUCAUCAGGAGCCACACACACCCCAACCAAUACCACAGACUCAUCAUCAGCCGGUACAUCAGCAAACUCCAGUUACACCUGUUCAACCUACUCAUCAGCCAGUUCAUCCGACACCUCAACUGCAGGAGGAGCCUGUAGUUACCAGUAAACCACCACCUGGUCCAGUUACUGUCAGGCCUACAACUCCACCUCAACCUGUACAGACAACUCCACCAAUGCAGCAAAAUAUUGCUGAACCUGCUGUUGAUAAAAUCACCACUGCCUUCAAGAAAUCAACCCUCAAUCCCAAUGCUAAGGAGUUUAAUCCAAAUCCAAAUGCCAAACCCUUCACUCCCCGAUCACCCAGCACUCCAACACCAAGCAGACCACACACACCACAGACGCCUCAGUACUCGGGCGCUACAAUGCCAGCUGCUGUUGUUAUGGCACCAGCUUAUGUAAUGACAAGUCAACCACCAACCGCAUUCACACAGCAACAGGCCCAACCUGGCGCAAGGUUCCGGAAGGGUCAGUAUCUAGUGCCGAUGAUGCCACACCGUGCUCCAGACAUAGCAUCCCAGAUGCAGGUGGCAGCAGCAACUGGUCAGCCACUUCUAGCACCAGGUCCACUGCAUCCAUCCUUCCAGGUGCCUUAUCCAGGUCAACCAGCGUAUCAGCAAAUGGUUCGAAUGGUCCAACCACCACCACACAUGGCAACACCACAUCCCCAUUACCAUGAAUCACCGGGACCCCAAAAUCAUGGAAUACAGUACAUUGGUCCACAUGGCCAUCCCCAUCCUCACGUUGGACAACAACAACCAAGCCAAACUCAAUCACCAGCAAAUCCUAAUCCACCACAUACACCUGGUGCCUAUAAUCCACCUGGUACACCACAACCAUCAUAUCCACAACCACCACCCCAGGGCCAUGCAUCAAGUUACCCAAUAAUGUGUCCACUUAUUCCACCCCAUCAUCUAGGAAUUCCACCGCAGCACAUGCAGUAUUUGCAACCCCAACCACCACCUGGUGCUCAACAGACUAUACCAGUUAUUCUACCACACAAUCAGUAGCCGAGACGGAAAUCGAGAAAAUAGAGUCGUUGGUAUUUUUCUUCACUUGAUAAAACAAAGGAAACAAAUUAUUAAUGACUAAAUAUCAUCAACUAAAAAUGUUUGUUCAUUGAGAAUGAGAUGCGGACUAAGGAUGGAGCAAAUUUAAUUUUAUCACGUAUUUUGUUUUUUUUUUCCUCUGAUAUUCUCAAAUAUGAUACGUUAAAACUCAAUCAUGUUAACGACGUCCGGUAAAUCAUUGUUUUUUUUUCUUGAAAAAAAAAUGGAGUAACUUCAUUCCUCCCUUCACAAUCGCCAUCAUUAUGCUCAAUUACGGUACCUUUCUAUUUGUUUCCAAUGGGUACUGAGCCUUGUGGCGUAUUCCAUUCUUAUUCACUCAUCUUUGAUACAUCAGAGACUCGGUGAUGAACAAUCAAGACGAGAAAUUGUUAGAUCAUUAUGUUGAGUAUGAUGACUACUAACAAUUACGAAUCUAUUCUCUCGAUAGGAUAAUUUAAUGAAAAAUAUCGUUAUAAAACCCAAUGAAAUAUUCAAAGCAGCCAUCGAUGAUGGCUUGACAAGCCAUCCGUACUAUUUGGGUUUUUGUUUUAUAGACUUUGCAAGAUAAGGUAGAAUCACAAUUAUUUACCAUAGUAAAUUCAUAAAUGAAAACCAAGGAAUAAUUUUUAUCAUCAAUCGACAUUUUUUUUUUUAUUAGAAAUUUAUUUGAAAUAUGAGUCACUUAAAUUCUCCAUGGCUCUAAUGAUUGAACAAUUAUUUAACUCGAUAUAAUCUCAGUUUUGACAGAAAAAUCUAUAUUAAAAAAAUAUCAGGAUAAAUAAAGAAAAUAUAUUAAAUUGAUGACUAAGAUCUGUUAAGAGUUAUCAUCAAUUUUAAUCGAUUUAUAAUGCAGCUAUAAGCUCAAGUAGAUUCACCCGGAUUAUCAUGUAGGCCCGCUGCGCUCUGUAGUUUGAAAACAAAAUUAAUAAAAAUGAGUCAUAAAAGAAGGCACUCAAAGGUUAACGAGGAAAAAAACGCUGCGACUUUUGUAAUAAAUCGAACAAUCCAAAAGUUCGAAUUUUAUAUCUCGAAUCGACAUCAACAUAGUGUAAUAAAUAAUAUAAAGAUACACGAAUACGAAAAUCGUUGGGAUGUUCUACAAUGCAAGAGGUGCUUAGUAUAUUUUUUUUCUCGCACCGGAGAAUAUCACAUUUUGGGAAAAUGCCUAGAAUAUUCAAUUUGUCGAAUAAAUAUUCGAUGAGAUUGCAGAUAAUGAGCUGCACUGACAUGUGAAACAGACGCACUGUUCAUCUCAUGAUAUUGAGAUUCUUUUUAUUUCUCUUGUUAAGAAAAAUAAUGACACGAAAACAGGUAGUGACUAUCGAUUCACGAUUUCAUAACAUUUAGAUGCGAUUGAUCUCCUGUGACUUGAAUGACACUUGAACUGUGGACAUUCAUGGCACGAAGGAAAAUAUCAGUCACAUACCUGCGAAUUCGCGAAGGUGUCGAUGAUGAAGUUAUUAAAACCCCGAAGAGAGUAAUAUAAAACUAAAUUGAAUUGAAAAAAAAAAAAAUUCUUGGCGAAACGUGUUCAUAAAUUUUGGGGGUGAUUUAAAUUGAGUAUUGUCAACUAUAAAAGUCUGAUGGAAAUCGCAAUGAUUUAAAGUAGGGCAACUUAUUUGAAAAUUAAAUUUUAGGCGCGAAGUUAAAAACAAAAUUAGCAAUGGAAACAUGAACAUGGAAAUGACAAUUUAAUUGAAGAAAAAAUAAAAAAUAAAAAAUAAACUGCCUGUAAAUGACAGCUGACAAUGGAGAUGAUGUGAGAAAUUGAUGUAUAGGGGGAAAUUGUCACGUUGUGAUGAGACGGAGAGAGAGAGAAGACGACAUAAGAGAAAUAUGCGAGGAUGAAAGUUGUGAGAGCUUUUAAGAAAAUGCUGGGAAAGUGCUAAAUGAAAUUUUUUCUUCACGAGUUCGAGACGUGGCAUCGUUGGACACAAAUUUUUUAUCCGAGAAAUUGAAGAUAAACGAAUGGAACAUCAAAAUAAAGGGAAUGAGAAGAA